AUGUUGACAACCGAUGCAUCACAACCGUUCAGUCAUUACAGUAAAGGAAGAUAUGGAUACGAUCUCAGUGCUCUUGGAUGUUACGACAAUACCACACCAUACGGUGAUAACUACAAUCGAUUCAGUACUACUAUUCCGACAACAAUCAAAUUGGCAUUUAUAAUACUAAUCGCUACGAAAAUCGUGCUACAACUACAUAUGGAAUUACCAAAAUUUACAACUUUGCAACUAUACACUACAUAUUUCAACUACGACAAUUUUAUUUCCAUCCUUCCGGCUGCAGCCAUUAUGACCAGUGACGGAUAA